AUGUCGUCAUUCGGUACAUUAUUCAAAGUCACAACUUAUGGAGAGUCUCACUGCAAGUCCGUUGGAUGCAUUGUGGAUGGAUGCCCACCGGGUUUAAAGCUCUCAGAGGCUGAUAUUCAACCACAGUUAACGAGAAGAAGACCAGGCCAGAGUAAACUCUCAACACCAAGAAAUGAAGCCGAUGCAGUCGAGAUACAAAGUGGUACCGAGAACGGAGUCACCUUGGGUAGUCCCAUCGGUAUGAUGGUUCGUAACAAGGACCACAGGCCAGGCGACUAUAGUGAAACUGACCUUUAUCCUAGACCAAGCCAUGCAGACUACACCUAUAUUCAGAAAUAUGGGUUAAAAUCUGGCUCUGGUGGAGGCAGGUCAUCUGCCAGAGAGACAAUCGGAAGAGUAGCUGCAGGCGCCAUCGCCGAGAAGAUCUUGACUGCCGUGAACAAUGUGGAGAUUGUGGCAUUUGUGUCUUCAAUUGGUGAAGUGUCCAUGAAUAGGUCGCCACAAGAUCCUGCUUUCCAAAAAAUACUCAACACAAUCACAAGAGAAGAAGUCGAUGGUGCAGGUCCCAUCAGAUGCCCCGAUGCGUCUGUGCGAGACGAGAUGGUCAAGGUUAUCGAAAAGUAUCGUGACGCAAAGGAUUCUAUUGGAGGUGUGGUUACUUGUGUUAUCCGUAACUGCCCAAUUGGUUUGGGUGAACCAUGUUUUGAUAAAUUGGAAGCAACGCUAGCACAUGCAAUGUUGAGUUUACCGGCUACAAAAGGGUUUGAAUUUGGUUCCGGUUUUGAAGGAACUAAGAUCCCUGGAUCCAAGCACAAUGAUCUCUUCAUUUUUGACGAGGAGAAGAAGAGAUUGAGAACCAAGACAAACAAUUCUGGCGGUGUUCAAGGAGGGAUUUCCAACGGCGAAAACAUCUACUUUUCAGUCGCAUUCAAAUCAGCAGCCACAAUCAGUCAAGAACAGGAAACUGUCACAUAUGAAGGCAAAUCAGGUGUUUUGGCUGCACGAGGAAGACACGACCCAAGCGUUACACCAAGGGCUGUACCAAUUGUCGAGGCAAUGGCUUCGAUUGUUUUAUGUGAUCAAUAUCUCAUACAACAAGCUAGAAACUCGACCAGAUCAAUCUUGGAGAAAUCGCAAUAG